CUCCGCCCAGGGGUGGGCGUGGCUCCGCUGAGCUGAGAAACAGCAGGAUUAAGGUCGUCGCCUCCACGUCAACCGAGACAGACCCAAAACGACGAAUACGGACCAAGGGGAAACAUUUUUCUGAUACAUUUCGUCUUCCAUGUUUACCCUCCAGGCAGAAAGGAUCAAGCUGGCCAGUUUCUCAGUGACAAUGAUAGUUCACUAAUCCCGCCGGUGUCACCAAUGGAAGCUCCAGGGACGGCUGCCUCUCCGUCCACAUCCUCCACCCUGCCUCCGCCGGUCCCCCUGCACCCGGCGGUCGCUCCCUCGGUCCAGCUGGGCUUCACCAUCCUCUACACCGCUCUGUACGCCGGGAUCUUCCUGGUGGUGUACGUGCAGUUGUGGCUGCUCUACCUCUACAGACACAAACGAUGGAGCUACCAGAGCGUCUUUCUGUUCCUCUGCAUGCUCUGGGCCGCCCUCCGCACCACCUUGUUCUCUUUUUACUUCCACAACGCCGUGAAGGCCAACCACCUCCCGGCUGCAGUCAACUGGCUGCUCUAUUGCUUCCCAGUGUGUUUGCAGUUCUUCACUCUCAGUCUCAUUAACCUUUAUUUCACCCAGGUAUUACUCAAAGUGAGGGACAUUUACAGCUCGUCAAUGGAGAGAGGACUGUGGGUGGCGCGGUGUGCAUAUGGUACGUUGAGUAUCAUCUUCCUCAGCGUCAACGUGGUGUGUGCGGUGUUAGGGGGCCGAGACGGCAGCGGGGACGUGGGGAACAGGACCUGGACGCUGGUCCUGGUGCGGGUCAUAGUCAACGACCUGCUCUUCAUCUUGGAUGCGGUGAUGCUGGCCACCUUGCUGCUGCUCCUGACCCGCCACUCCCAUUCCACCAGUCCCUACCUGGUCAGCAAGGGGACCACGGUGUGGCGCACAGCAGCGCUGGGAGCUGCCGUCAUCCUCCUGUUCAUCAGCCGCGCCUGCUACAACCUGACUGUCCUCUUCCUGUCCCAGAACUACCAGGUUGAGUCCUUCAACUACGACUGGUACAAUGUUUCAGACCAGGCGGACCUCCAGAGUGAGCUGGGAGACCAGGGCUACCUGGCCUUCGGCGCCAUCCUCUUCAUAUGGGAGCUGCUCCCGACCAGCCUGCUCAUCCUCAUCUUCAGAGUUCGUCGGCCGGCUCAGGAGUCCAGCAGCGGGACCGUCAACAACAGGGUCCUUCCUCGUCCUUAUUUCUUCGAUGACCCUCAAGGCAGCGACGAUGACAUCCCUGUCCCGUGGGCUCGCGGCUCACAUUCCAACUCCAGUUCUAGCUGGUAUGGAGCGGAGACCGCCCCUCUCCUGUUUGCCACCAACCCUCCAGACAGGAACCUCCAGCACCACUCGCUUUACUCCACCCCCCAGAACUGACCUCCAACCUCCCACCAGCAUCUCACUGUGGCGUCAGUCAUCUCUGGGACGGGACCACACACACCUACGAGCCCGGAUGUCCUGCCACAGUGGGCGGCUUUGCACUGAAAACCUCAGGAAAACUGAUUAUGCACCUUUGUAGUUUUUGAGCAGAGACCAUAUUAAGAUUGUCUUAUUAUUGAACUUAAAGGGAACAAACGGAGCAGGAACAGCUUUGCCAGUCCUGAGUGGGUGAAUUCUGUUCCCAGUGAGUUUUUAAGUGGAGGGAUAGCCACAUUGGUAGCCGUGUGACUCGGCCCUGCCCCCCUGAGGAUUAGUCUAACCCACUCCUGCUAAAUAAGGAUCAUUCAACUUCAGUCCCAUUCCUUAACACACACAAAGCAGCGUAUUACAGUUCCUAGUGGCACAGUAACCUUUAGUGACACCAACGAUACGCUAGACGCAAAGUAUGUCGUGUUUGCAUCUGAUCUUCAUACUGAAGUAGUGUUUAUAUCUGUUCUCUUUUAUGCACUGUUGCAGGUAUCUUGUUCAAUUUCCUUUCCAGUUGUUUUCUACGGUUCUUGUAGUGCAACAUUUGAGGGGAAAAAUGCUUGUUUUUAAAAGCCAAUUUAGAUUCUUAUUUGUUCACAAUUUUUGAUUUUAUGCAAGUUAAAUUUAUUUAUAUUUCUACCCUUUAAGUGUGUUUAAAAUCAAAUGUUACUUUCCUUUUGUGUCUCUUGAGCUGCUCGUUGGCAGUCCCUCACCUGUGGCAUCAACUUCACCACACCAUAGAGAUUUGCCGUGUAAACACACCAAUAAAAAUACUGACAGUUACCAGCUCA